AUGUCAGUUCCAAUUUUCAAAGAUUUAUCAUUCUAUAAUGAUGCCAAUUCGAGUACAGCUCGAUAUCAGGCUUUACAAACCAGUUUUAAUAAGGUUUAUGGUAACGAACCCGAAUUUGUUGGUCGUUCACCAGGAAGGGUUAAUUUAAUAGGUGAUCAUAUUGAUUACUGCUAUUUUUCAGUUUUGCCUAUGGCACUUGAUGUGGAUGUAAUUGCAGCUACUUCCAUUAACGAUUCGAAUACCAUUAGAUUGGCUAAUACAAAUGACAAAUUUCCAAGUUAUGAAUUUGAAAUAAGCCCAACUUUUGAAAUCAGUCAAGCAGAUUAUACUUGGGUGAAUUAUUUUAAAUGCGGUUUGAUUGUUGCUAAUAAUUAUUUGAAAGAAUUAAACCCAAGUACUAAGUUGAAAGGUAUGAAUUUAUUAUUUGAUGGGAAUGUACCAACCGGGGGAGGAUUAUCAUCAAGUGCAGCCAUUUGCGUUACUUCUGCAUUAGUUGUUUUAAGGGCUAAUGGAUUAACUAAUAUUUCCAAAGAAGAUUUGACUAGAAUUACUGUUGUUUCCGAACAUUAUGUUGGGGUAAAUACUGGAGGUAUGGAUCAAUGUGCUAGUAUUUAUGGGGAAAAGGGGAAAGCAUUAUUAAUUCAAUUCAAACCAAAAUUGAUUGGUAUUCCAUUUGAAUUACCAACCACCAAACCCCACGAAUUAGUUUUCCUUGUAUCUAAUUCAUUAGUUGAGUCCAACAAACAUGAAACAGCACCAACCAAUUAUAACUUAAGGGUUGUUGAAGUGGCAUUAGCUGCAGAAUGGUUAGCCAAAAAGCUUAAAUUGAGUUUAGUGAAUGAUUCUAAUUUGGAAACUGGUACUUUAAGAGGAUUUUUAGAUUCUUAUUUUGAACUGUUGGGUGAACCUAGAUGGGAUGGUCAUGAUAUCGAUGUUGGUAUUAAUAGAUUGACCAAAUGUUUAGAGUUAAUUGAAAAGCCAGAGAUAUUUAAUCAAGAAGAACAAAAAGGUGUUGAAACUGAACAUGCAAGUAAUUGCUUAGAAUUACUGACUGAUCAAUUUUAUCAAAGAUUUUUAAGUAAAUUCCCGGUGAAAUAUGACAAACUAAAACUUUAUCAGAGAUCAAAGCAUGUUUUCAGUGAUUCCUUAAGAGUGUUAGAAUUUUUAAAAAUUUUUGAAGGACAAAAACUCAAGCCUUCCACUGGUAUUUUACAAGAUUUAGGUAAGUUGUUAAACGAAUCACAACAGUCCUGUAAUUUGUUAAACAAUGCAUCUAAACCAGAUUGUGAAGAGCUCUGUCAAAUAGCUAGAGAAAAUGGUUCGUAUGGGUCCAGAAUCACCGGUGCCGGAUUUGGUGGCUCAAUUGUUCAUUUAACGACGGUUGAUCGAUUAGAAAGCUUGGUGGAAGCAUUGAAAAAGGAGUAUUAUUUGCAAAAGUUCCCCAACAUUACUCAAGACCAAUUGAACGAAGCAAUUGUUGUUUCCAAACCUGCCACCGGUUCCUGUAUUCUUGAAUUAUAA